GGUUGUUAGGUAUUUGUGUUCAUCUCGUUAUAAAUACCUCAGGGUUCGUUAGGCAUUCUCCAGUGAGCCUUGAAUCUGCACUACCUCACCUCUGCAAUUCACACACAUACUAGAUACUACACUACUGAAAAAAAGAAAUGGCUCUUCCUACAUUUGCAUUCACUGGCACUUCCAAUUCCGCUUAUCCCCAAAACCAUGCUGCAGCUUUCUGCUCUUACUGGCUCCAUGGAACAGAUUUGCAGUUUCACCUCCAUUUUAAACCCACCCAGGUGAAGAAGAGAUCAAGUGGGAUUCAGGCAGUAGUGACAGAGAAAGGGAUGUAUUACUCACAGAGGCCACCAACUCCACUUUUGGACACCAUUAACUAUCCAAUUCACAUGAAAAAUCUGUCGGUGAAGGAACUGGAGCAACUUGCUGAUGAGAUAAGGUCUGAUACGAUAUUUAAUGUUUCAAAGACGGGGGGUCAUCUUGGCUCCAACCUGGGUGUUGUGGAGCUCACAGUAGCACUUCAUUAUGUGUUCAACACACCGCAGGAUAAGAUUCUGUGGGAUGUGGGUCAUCAGUCCUACCCUCAUAAAAUUUUGACGGGUAGAAGGGGGAAGAUGUCGACACUGAGACAGACAAAUGGGCUUUCUGGAUUUACCAAGCGUUCAGAGAGCGACCAUGAUUGCUUUGGUACCGGCCACAGUUCAACCACUAUCUCAGCUGGAUUAGGUAAUUUUUUAUGACAAAUUAUUGUACGUAAUGCGGUCCGAAACAAUAUCGUUUUGAUGUUUAAAAAAAAUAUUUCUUGUUUCUCGCUUGUUAGAAUAAUGAAUAUUCUGAGAUAAGAUAAUGCAUUUUGAAUUAGAAUAAUGUAUUUUAUGUGUUAGAAUAGUGUAUUUUAUUUGUGCUAUAAUAGUGAAGAUAAUGUAUUUUAUGAGUUAGAAUAAUGUCACUUUAUAUAUGUGUUAAAAUAGUGAAA